CAGUCAAAAAUCUUUGGCCGACUCGCGAGCACGCGCUGUGCUGCUUCUUCCUGCGUUUCGCGCUUGCUUUCAGUUCGUCUUUCGUGCGGUGCGUGUGUGUGGGUGCGAGUGCGUGUGUGCAGUGCGUGUGCCGCUAUUUGUUAAUUGUUUAUAAUCCCGAUUUAAUAACCCAACGGCCAUGUUGCACUUUAAUUGCUCCUGAGCGCAAAAUGCACACUGAUAAACGCAAGCGACUAAAAUAAUAAUCAUAAUAAUGCCGGCAAACAACAAGGCGGUGUGUUAGUGUGCGGGUGUCUGAGUUUGCCGAAAGUAUUUACCGCAAAAAGAACAAACACAAUCGAAGCGAAUCGAAUUCUAAUCGAAGCCAAACGACAACAAAAGCCGGCUAAAUUAGCUCUCUCUCCCGCGCUCUCUACUCCCCCCAAAAAAAAGAGAGUUAUCAAAAGAGAUAUCAAAAUGCAACAGCAACAACAACUUCUGCACUGCAGAAGAAAAGCAACAAAUGCAACAGCAACAACAACUGCCCGCCUUGUGAUAUUCAGCAGUCUUCUUCUUUUACUGCUCACCACCCACUUUCCACCCACCGUUGGAGCGGACAAUGGCCCCGCCCCCCAGGUGGCCGCCCUUGCCGCCCCCAAUCCAGCGGGGGGCGUGGCAGGAUCCUCGAUCAUCGAUCAAUUCAGUCCGAACUGCAGUGCUGUGACGCACAUUUUCCAGGCGAGGGGCAUCGAUGCCAUCGAGAUCCCCCAGAAACCCAGUAACGAACGAGUCCUCCGAUACUGCGAAUCCCCUUCGGUGGGCACCUGCUGCACCUACAACAUGGAGACCCGAAUGGCGAUGCAGUCCCGCCAGCAACUCGAAACACACACCAAGGACCAGAUCUCUCGAAUGUCUGGAAUCCUGGGCACCAAGGCCACCAAGUUCAAAGAUAUCUUCACCGCCCUGCUGAAAGAGUCGCGAACCCAGUUCAAUAGUAUGUUCAUUCGCACAUACGGCGUCAUCUACGAGAGAAACUCGUAUGUCUUCUCGGAUCUCUUCAAGGAGUUGGAAACGUACUUCGCCAACGGUCGCGUGGAUUUGCUAGAGGUCAUGGACAAGUUCUUCAAUACGCUGUACCAGAAAAUGUUCACCGUGCUGAACACCCAGUAUACCUUUGAUGAAAACUACAUGCGAUGCGUCAGCGAACACAUGAAGGAGCUGAAGCCAUUCGGGGAUGUCCCGGACAAGCUGUCCCUGCAAAUCAAGCGAUCCUUCGUGGCCACGCGCACCUACGGACAGGCCCUGACCACGGCCUCUGAGGUGGCCAAAAAGGUUCUGAAUGUCCGACUGAAUGCCGACUGCACUGGCGCCCUGACCAAGAUGCAGCACUGCGGGGCCUGCAAGGGCUAUACGGAGAAGCCCUGUACCAACUACUGCGUGAACGUCAUCAAGGGAUGCCUGCACUACCAGCACGAGUUCGACACCGAGUGGGAGAACUUCGCUAUGAACAUGGACAAGCUGGCCGAGCGUCUGCUGGGAUCCUUCAACAUUGUGAUGGUGGUGGAGCCACUCAACAUCAAGAUCUCCGAGGCCAUCAUGAACUUCCAGGAUUCUGGCCAGGACAUCACCAACCGCGUGUUCCAAGGAUGUGGCAGGCCCAAGUUGAAGAAAAUGAAGCGAUCCAUUAGUCCCAAAAUGCAAGGAGUCCAAGUCCUGAAUGCAAAGAGCCCAGUGGAGGCGGAUACUCUGGACAUCGAUGACACUCUGGAUGAGGCCAUCGUGCUGAGGGAGCGCAGAGCUGCUGAGCCAGGUUCCCAGGAGUCCUCGGGACAGCAGCAGUCCCAGGAGCAGGGCGUUGGAAAGGUUGGCAAUGGAGGAGGAAGCGGUGGAGGAGGCGGUGGAGGAGGAGGAGGAGGCGGCGGUGGUGGCAACAACAGGCGGCAGCAGCAACGUCGCAAGCAGCAGCAACAGCGACGCAAACAGCAAAACAAUCGGGAUGACAACGAUGACGAUGACAAUGAAAGUGGAGGCGGCGGACGGGAACCGGUUCUGGACAGGAUCGUCAGGGACAUUCGCCAGCGGGUCAAGGACUACAAGAAGUUCUGGUCCAAUCUGCCGCACUCCGUUUGCAGCAACGAGGAUAUAGCCUCCAGUUCCGAUGUGGACGGCAUGUGCUGGAAUGGUCACACCAUCGACAGAUACAUGCACUCGAUUACCACAGAGCAUGGCUCGAAUCCAGAGUUCAGUGGCAAUCCGGCCAGCACCAAGCAGACCGCUCAGAUGUCCGCGCAACUGAGCCACCUGAAGAAUGCCAUUGCUCAUCUGCGAAAUGCCUACACAGGUCAGGAUGUAGAAUGGAGUGAACAAGAAGAACUGCCUUAUGCAGGCAGUGGAGCUGGCUCAGGAUCAGGUUCCGAAGACGACGAGGACGACGAUGAGGGCUCUGGUCUGGGACCCUUCGAGCCCAGCCACAAGCCGGAAGUCGAGCGUCCCUCGGUGGAUGCGGACAACGACGAUGACGAGGACACCGGUGGCCACCUGCCCACGCACACAUCUCGACCGACAAGCGGAGUGGACGACAAGAAUCCGCUUGUGCACACCACCCACUUCGACCAGGAUCACAACGAUCUGGAUGAGGAUCAUCGGCAGGAGGAUGAGGACGAGGACUUGGAUGACGGUCACGGCGGCUCGGGGGCCAAUGACAAUCGAUCUUCGGAUGCCCCCGAGAAGAUGACGCUGCGUCGCGCUCUGGUUGUCUAUCUGCUGCCGCUUUAUAUGGCGUGGUUCGGCGGCGUCUGCGCCGAUUUGCUGUGAUUACUCAACGUGCGAAAGGCAGCCAAGGUGGAGCACGGCUGCAUCCCCUACACCUCUCAGUCAUUCAUCCGUGAAGCAAAAUGUUAUUAGCAGAACUACAUGCAACCCUUAUAUACGAAAUGCGAGUCCAAAAUUUUAUAAAAACUUUUGAUAGAAGCAAUCAAAACGCAAUCGAGAAUAUAUAUAUACGGCCCCCCUUUUCGAAUGGUACUCUCGUCAGGACUUUGCGAAUUUGAAUUAGAUUUAAAUCUCUGAACAUCAAGCUUGUGAACCAUGAGCUGAAACCAAGUUCAUUAAAUUCGUAAAUUCAAUUUUGUAAACUCUUGGCUACUGUGAAAAAUCGAAAAUGCCUGAUUUAACGUUAGGAGAACAAGAAAUUCGAGGAGGAGAGAGAAUACGUAACGAGCCCAUUUUAGUUUAGUAAGCCCCCAAAUGCCCCUGUUCCCCCACAC